UACUGGCUACAUUGUCUCUGAGCAGGUCUGCGUCUGCAGCGUCUGUUUCAAUAAUUUUACCAUAAAAUAAAAGCAAAUUAAACCAUAUUACUCAGUUUCGGCUGUGAAACGAGUAUUCGACUAUGAAUAGAACACUAGAAUAUUCGCUGCUGCAGGACCAGUUGCUAUGCUGCCGUGUUUGUUUAAUGACGGACUGCAGACUGUACAACAUUCAUGAGUAUAAACUCGCCGAUGCCUUUACUCGCAUCUCUGGGACUCCUGUGGCCAGGGACAAACUGCCGCAGUACCUGUGCACGUACUGCCAUACACUGCUCCUCAAAUGCUCGUCCUUCAGAGACAUGUGCCUCAGCACUCUGGAGCUUCUCACGCCCGCGCUGCACAAGGGGGCGAUUAUGUUCGCAAAUACCAAAACCCUCGCCGGUCGAUCAACUUAACUCAAACUGA